GUAUUCCUUGCGUCUACAAAUUACGGUUUGCCGACUUUGCCGUCAUUGUUUUUACACUUUAAACAUUAAAUUCUACCCGUACAUAACACGAAAAAUAAACAAUAGCUAAAAGCUUUCAUCUUUACAAAUUUGUUAAGAAAAUAAAUUGAAACAUGGCCGGUCUGGUUGUUCAAUCUCGUUUCGCGGGGCUCCAGGUGGAAGACGAAGACUUUUGCUCGGAUGAGCAGAAGAAGAAGAACAAGAAUAGUGCCGCUAAAAAAGUCGAGCCUCCGAAAAAAGCAAAACCUGCGCCAGCUAAGACUCAGGUGGCUAAGAAGAAGAAGCCAAAGCAGGCUGCUCAGUCAUCCAACCAGUGGGAGCUGUGGAAGCAGAAGGAUGAGCAGCUUGUGGACGGCAACUUUGAAGACGAACUGCAGCAGGCUAUUUUACUCUCCAAAUUAGACUAUGAAGAGAAAAAAGAUGUAUAUCAGCAGAUUAAGAAAGAAGCAGAGAUUACAAAGAAGAAAGAAGAAGCAGCCCGCACGACCACAAAGAAGCAGAAAAAGAAGAAUGUCAUGAGCCUGGAUCAGUUUAAUGACAUGGUGGCUGGCGAUGAAUCUAAAACAAGCCAAGAAGACGAAAAAUCCUCAGACUCCAAACCAGAUAAACCUAAAGACGACACAGAGUUCUUCGAGAGAGUGAAAUCAGAAACGAAGAAUGAAUUACUAAAAGACAAAAUAAUAGACAGGGUGAAGUCACAAACGCGGCACCAAACCCAGGAUAUAACUAAAGCACAGUUUGUCGAUACCUUAGAAAAGAAGGAUAAAGAAAUACAUGCGCUAAAAGAGGAGGUGACUAAUUUGAAAAAGGAAUUAUUAACAGUCAAGUCUAGGAAUAAGAAGUUAUGCAGUAUAUUAGGACAGGGAGAAAUGAAAGACAAAGCUGAAGUAUUAGUAGAAGUUGAAAGGCUACGCGCGGUCCAGUCUGAAUUGACGGCGGAAAUCGCGUCUCUCCACACGGACCUCGAGAAGGAGCGAUCCAAGAACGCCGACCCUAGAGCGAAAGAUAAGAAAAAUAACACUAAGAAGAAAAACAUACGUUUCGACGUUUCUUCUGAAGCCUUAAUAUCUAAAGAAUCAAGUUCCGGAACUGCCUGAGAAGAGAUUAAUCUAUAAAAUAUAUAUAAACUGAAGUGAUAGUAAAAGAAAUAUAAAUAAAUGCCUAAUUUACAGAAACGAUUUUUAUUGUUUUGAUUUGUAUAAUUUGUAGCUUUUUGCGAAGUAGCAUAUAUUCAGUAUUUUUUUUUUACUUUAAAUUGCAAAUAUUGAGAUGCGAUUAAGUAGUACAUGUUACACAAAACCUAUUUAGAAUAUUUUAUAUAAAUAUUAUUUUUUAGCAUAAGUUAGUUUAUAUAAUUAUUAUAUGUUAGAAAUAGCAUACUUACGUAACCUCAUUUUUUGGAAUAUCCGAGUUCAUGGUAUUGUUGAUUUUUGUUAACCCGAGGGUUAACCCUCCAUUUUCGUCCACCAAACUUAACUCAGGGUUAGUGGGCUAUCAUCUGUCAAAUUUCAUAUAAAAUAGUGGGUUAACCCUCCAUUUUCGUUGUUGCAA